AAUACAUAUAAAAACACCACAUCAAUCAUGUUAUAAUAUCAUGAUGCUUUCUCCCUCAACAUAAUCCUGUCUUAUUCCUGAGAAUGCGGCACUCCCUCACAUACCACAAUCGUUUAUGCUCCCUCCCACAGGAAAGCUGGGAUAAACUAAAAAUAUCAAGACAAAACCAGUAAGCAGAUGAAGUCUGUCGACUUUAGCAAAAACGGAGUGAACGGAAAACACUCCCUCCAAAUGUCUAAAAAUACGGCAAAGUGAGACUGUCACAUUAGGAAGCCAUGGGGACCCAUCUCCACAUGUUAGUCUGUGUCAGCAUACUUCUGACCCUUUGUCAUCAAAGCUCAGGAUGCCGCAGAGGAACAGAGUCAGAAUGUGAAAAAGCACCCUUUGUGCCUGGAUACAACCUUGCAGGAGAAGGAUUUGAUGUAGUCAAGCUGCAACGUAAAGGUGCCUAUUUAAUAAAUGUCAAAUCCCACAGGUUGGAUAACCGCACAUGUACUGUGUGCUGGAAUCGCUUCCAGGGAGGACAGAUGCAGAAACUUCCCUUGGUCAUUGUGGACUGGCGUCCUUUUAGCCGCUGUAGCAAACAGCUGUCAAGUGCUCUUCACCAUUCCAUUGAUUCGCUUAUCAAAAGCUCUGCAUCAAUUAUCAACAACAACUGGGGCAUGGACCUUAGCCUAGAGGAUGUGGGCAAGGCUGUUUUGGGAGGGAGUCACUCCGAUAUAGCCAAGUUUGCCCAAUCGCAGCACAUGAUGGACAAGGCAACCUUUGCUCUUCAUGAGAUGAGCUGCACUUAUUAUAGCUACAGGGUAAUGGAUCAUCCAGAGCUCAGUGCAGAAUUCACUAAACAUUUACUUCAACUGCCUAGAACCUACAGCGAGAAAACAAAAUCCCGCUAUCAGAGGAUUAUUGAUACAUACGGCACCCAUUAUAUCCGUCAUGUCCAUUUAGGAGGACGUGUGAGACAAGUCACAGCCUUCCGAACCUGCCUUGCAACCUUAAAGGGAUUUUUGGAGUAUGAAAUAAAGAACUGUCUAAACAUUGAGUUAAAAAUGGCUCUGGGAUUUCUGCCUGCAAAUGCAUCAUUUUCUAAUAAAUGCUCCACUAUUCUUAGGGAUAACAUGAGCAUGGGCUUCUAUCAGGGCUUCUUGACACAAAAGUUGGAAGUCUUGGGAGGUGAAAGUUACUUUCCAGACCUUGUGUUUCCUCAGAGCCCGGCCAAAGCUUAUGCAAACUGGAUGAACAGCUUGCGUAAGAACCCAGAUAUAAUAUCAUAUGCAAUUUAUCCUCUUCAUCAUCUGGUUGCUGACCCAGAACUAAGUGCCAGUCUGUGGAGGGCUGUAACUGAUUACAUUGAAGAGAACAUGCUUCCUGUGGAGCAGAAUCAAAACCACGAUUGCAAACCAGCACCAAACUUGGAUCACAACUGCUGCCCUCUAAGAGCAGGUCAUGGCACCUUGCAUGUAAUUGUGGAGCGGGCAACAGGUCUAAAGGCAGACUUUUUUACUAAAACGGAUGGAUAUAUCAAAGUAUGGUACAAUAACAUGUAUGAAGAGACAGACAUAGUGAUGGAUGAUGACAACCCAGAAUGGAACAUUAGUUACAACUUUGGUUCAAUAGAAUUUGGUCAUGAGUUAACAUUUGAGGUGUGGGACAGUGAUGUAUUGUUUAAUGACAUGGUAGGAAAAUGUGUUGUUUAUCCUGAACAUGGAAUUCACUCUCAUAGCUGUAGAUUAAAAAAAGGAGUCUUUUAUUUUACCUACAUUGCCCACUGUGAUGCUCAUCUGGCUGGCCAUAGGUGUGGACGAUACUCUCCAAAAGCAUGAGUGCCUCAAUCAGACAUUUAUAAAAAUUAAUGUUUUGAUCUAACUACAGUAUUUCACUGUUUUAUUAAAAUUCUUAUGUUACUUAGCUUUUAAAUUUAUCAGUGCAUUAAAUUUCAAAUGACCAUAAAAUAUAAAUGUGCAAAAUAUCAGUUUACAUGUUUAUAAGUCUCAGUACUUUCUAAAUGAACAAUGAUGACAGGAAAACCUAACAUCUGUUUUAGAAGCAAUUUCCAAAGAUAAUUUAAAUAAAUUCAAGGUUAAUUUACUUUAUACUUAUUAGUACAUUUACAGUACAGUGAGGUCUGUAAAUAUUUAGAUAUUGACAAUUCUUGUUAUUGUGGCUCUGUACUACAGUAUAAGAAAAUUAAAGUACAAAAAGUUCAGAAACUAAUA